AUGCUACAGUUGGGAGAUCAGGAAAUCCACCACGAUGCCCCUCUCGUUGAACUGGGCAUUGAUUCUUUGGUUGCCGUGGAAGUCAGAACCUGGUUCACCAAGGAGUUGAAGGUGGAUGUUCCUGUUCUCAAGAUAAUCGGAGGCGCUUCUCUCGCUGAGCUGUGCCAAGGGGCCUUUGAGAAGCUUCCCAAGGAGCUUGCUGCUGUUAUUGGAAACCGGGGCGAGGAGUCUGAAUCUACCAAGCCAGCUGCGACAAUCUCCAAGCCGCAGCCACUGCCCGAGGUGCCACAGACACGGGAACAGAGCAUUGAUUCCGAGUCUGCCUCAACAUCUGGGGAGAACUCUAUUGCCAGCCCAGAAAGGGAGCCAGCUACCAUGACUCAGACAACCAUAACCACUCCAUCCAUCGCUUCCGAUGACGGCGACUCCCCUAAAGCCUCUAUCCCAGUGACACCGGAACGCCAGAAGUUCUUGAAGAGUGAGCGCCUCUCAUUGCAACAGUCACGAUUCUGGUUUUUGCGGCAUUUGCUCGAAGACCCCACGACGCCGAACGUGGUCUUCGAGUUCCACGUCACAGGCAACUUGCAUGUCGGUGCCCUGGAGAGAGCCAUCCGCGCUGUGACGACGAGGCACGAAUCAUUGCGCACCUGCUUUGUCGAAAGUGAGACCGACGCCGGUGAGGCUUACCAGAAGGUCUUGCGCAGCUCCCCGCUGCGACUCGAACGCAAGAAGAUCAGAUCCGAAGCAGAAGUUUCUGCCGAGUAUAAGAGGGUGAAGGAACAUGUUUUCGAUCUGGAAAGAGGUGAUGUAAUGCGCAUGGUUCUUUUGACGCUCUCAUCGGCAAAUCACUAUCUGCUGAUCAAUUACCAUCACAUUGUCAUGGAUGGCGUCAGCUUCAACAUCUUCAUUGCAGACCUGGAAAAGGCUUACAACGGUCAAUCUCUCGGAGCGCCUCCCCGACAGUAUCCUGCUUUCUCGGUUGCUCAGCAAAAAGCCCUUGAUAUGGGUGAGAUGACCGAUCACCUCAAAUACUGGCAGGGGGUCUUCCCCGCCGGCGAGCAGCCUCCUGUUCUUCCGCUUCUCCCAAUGGCUCGUACAAGCUCCAGAGUGCCUAUGAAAGGUUUCGAUACCCACCAGGUGGCCUGCGACCUUGAGCCCGAGUUGGUCGCGCGGAUCAAAGCUGUAUCCAAAGCACAGCGGUCUACCCCAUUCCAUCUACAUCUGGCUACUUUCAAGGCCAUGCUAUUCCGCCUGGCCGGGCAUGACACCAAGGACCUAACAAUUGGCAUUGCUGACGCCGCCCGUAAUGAUGCCGGCAUGGAAGACAGCAUUGGCUUUUUCCUCAAUCUUCUAACCCUUCGGUUCCGCCGUCAGUCCGAGCAGAGCUUUGGUGAUGCGGUUGCGGAAGCCAGAGAUACGGCUCAUGCAGCGCUAGGCACCUCGCGCUUACCAUUCGAUUUACUACUUACAGACUUGGGUAUCGCUCGCUCUUCGUUGCACAGUCCAUUGUUCCAGGCAUUUUUGGAUUACCGCCAGGGCAUUCAGCAAAAGUACCCCUGGGGUAAUUGUCAAUUUGAAUUCCAAGAGGUCCAUCCUGGACGGACAGCAUACGACAUCACCUUGGAUGUCACUGAUUGGAAUGCUACGGAUACACUGGUCAUGAUUCGAGUACAGAGCGGUCUCUAUGACUUAACGGCGGCAAACCUUUUGCUGAAGACAUAUGUCCACUUCCUUGACUCUGUCACUCGUGAUGCAUCAGUGUCUUUGGAGGCUACUCCUCUCUUCAACGACACCCAGCUAACCAAAGCAGUCCAAGUCGGGCGCGGUCUCAACCUGACCUCUGGCUGGCCUGCAACGCUCCCCCGCCGGAUCGACCAGAUUGCUGAGGAGAACCCGGACAAGGUUGCUCUGAUGGAUGGCACUGGCAAGGUCCUCACUUACUCGGGCAUGAUUAACCGGAUAGAGGCGAUAAGCGAGGCCCUUCUGAAUGCUGGCGUGCACGAAGGCUCCCGAGUGCUUGUUUUCCAACAGCCUGCGGCGGAUUGGACAUGUUCCAUGCUUGCCAUCAUGCGCAUUGGUGCCGUUUAUGUGCCACUAGACCUCCGCAAUCCUUUGGCCCGUCUUACCAUCGUUUCCAAGGAUUGCGAGCCGCACGCCAUCCUCGCUGAUGAGACCACCAAAGACGAGGCCCCAGAGCUACAAGCAGUGGCACCAGGUUCCCGGAUCAUCAAUGUCUCGGAUCUCGCUGACGCAGCCGAGUCCCGUGUCUCCAACCGCUCAGAGCCAGACUCCACCGCAGCUAUACUAUACACCAGCGGCUCAACGGGCAACCCCAAGGGCAUUGUGGUCACUCAUUCAGGUCUGCGGAACGAGAUUGAGGGAUAUACCAAGACAUGGGGACUGAAGGCAGAGCGCGCUUUGCAACAGAGUGCCUUUACCUUCAAUCAUUCCUCUGACCAAAUGUAUACCGGCCUUUGCAACGGAGGCAUGGUGUACAUUGUCCCCGCUGAUAAACGAGGUGAUCCGAUUGAGAUAACCAAGAUCAUCCAAGAGCAGGCCAUUACCUAUACCAAGGCUACGCCGUCUGAGUACUCACUCUGGAUGCAAUACGGCAGCGAGAGCCUUCGCCAGGCACACAGCUGGCGCUUCGCUUUCGGUGGUGGCGAGCAGCUUACUACAAUUGUCACUCAAGAAUUCUCCAACCUUGCGCUCCCGCAGCUCCGUUUCUUCAAUUCAUAUGGCCCAACCGAGAUCUCCAUUUCUUCCCAUAAAAUGGAAAUCCCCUACCUUGAGACGAAGACUCUGGAAAGCAUGGGCCGGAUUCCAUGUGGCUAUUCCCUCCCCAACUACUAUACUUAUGUCGUUGACGAGCAGCUGCAACCGGUUCCCAUUGGCAUGCCGGGAGAGAUCUGUCUAGGUGGUGCCGGUGUCUCCCGUGGCUAUCUAAACAACCAGGAACUCACUGACAAACACUUCGUCACGAACCCGUUUGCGACACCAGAUGAUGUCGCCCGCGGCUGGACGCGGAUGUAUCGUACCGGUGAUAUUGGCCAUUUGCAAGACGACGGAGCCAUGGUUUUCCAUAGCCGAAUGGCAGGUGAUGCGCAGGUCAAGAUUCGUGGACUUCGGAUCGAGCUGAGCGAUAUCGAGAGCAACAUCGUCUCCGCCGCGGGUGGUGCGUUGCGAGAAGUUGUCGUCACUCUGCGCGAUGGCGAUUCGCCAUUUCUGGUUGCCCAUGUUGUGUUCGCGCCCAAGCACGAUGUCUCGGACAAGGCAGCCUUCCUGCACAACUUGCUUGGUCAUCUUCCUCUCCCUCAGUACAUGAUACCAGUGAUGGCCAUCCCGCUCGACAAGUUCCCUCUCAGCAACCACUCUAAGGUGGAUCGCAAAGUAAUUCAAAAGAUGCCACUGCCUGACCGCGUUCUCCAAAAGCAGGACUAUACUGAAUUGACUGAGACUAUGGUGCAACUCAAGUAUGUGUGGCGGGAUAUCUUGGGGAACAAUGUUGACAAACUUGGGGUUGACCUGGGUCCUUCAACUGACUUCUUCGCCAUCGGUGGUAAUUCCCUCCUGGUCAUCCGUCUUCAAGCCCGCAUUCGCCAGACAUUCAACGUUGCGCUUCCGCUCGUUAAACUACUCGGUGCUGGCACCCUCGGCGAAAUGGCGCGCAGUAUCGAAGAAAGCGCCACUGUUGACUCCAUCGACUGGGAUCAAGAGACCGCCCCGCCCAGCAUCCCCAGUUUCAUUAGCAACCUCCAAUCCAAGAGCACAACGGCCGCCAAAACAUUCUUAGUCACUGGCGCAACUGGCUUCCUUGGCCAAUCCGUUAUCCGGCAGCUCGCGGCCCGAUCCGACGUGGCUGAGAUUCACUGCGUCGCUGUGAGAGACAAGCCUCGCGCACGCCCGCUUUUCUCUGCUCCAAAUGUGGUCUUUCACCCCGGCGACCUAUCUCUUCCACUUCUCGGGCUUGGUGUUGAUGAAUUCCGCGAGCUAGCAAACCAAGCGGAUGUCAUUCUUCACCUGGGUGCCGUCAGAUCAUUCUGGGACAACUACAACGUGCUGCGCCCCAGCAAUGUCCACCCUAUCAAAGAAUUGGUCAAGAUGGCCGCCGCGCGCCGCGUGCCCAUCCAUUAUAUCUCGACUAUGGGUGUUCUCCCCGAGCUACUUGCGACCGAAGAUGCCGGCUCUGCUGCCGCCCAUGUGCCCCCCGUGGAUGGAACCGAGGGCUACGUUGCUAGCAAGUGGGCCGGCGAGCGUAUUCUUGAGCGCUCCACGGACAAAUUCGACAUUCCAUCCUUCAUCUACCGCUUCCUCCCCGCGUCACAGGAAGAGCCUUCUGAGAAACAACGGUUGAUGGACGCGUUCAUCCACUACGUGGAUACAACUGGCAAGACACCCGACAUGAGCGUCUGGGCCGGCCGUGUGGACCUGAUCCCUAGCGAGCAGAUUUCUCUGUCGCUCAUCGAUUCUGCUGUCUCUUCGUCUACUGCUACUGCUGCAGCCCACUUUUCGCACUAUGAAAGUUCCCUGGCCGCCCACACGGAUGACUUGGCCGCUUACAUCCAGCAGGAGCGAGGACAUCGGCAAGACCUGGAGCCGAUGCCCGUGCUGAAAUGGUUUGGUCUCAUUAAGGCCCAUGGAUUUGACUACCUUCUGGCGUCGCAGGAAGCGACUGUUGGGGGCAGCGGGGAAAAUUCGGGGGCCCUUCAAUCACGUCGUUGA